AUGAAUAUAGCAGAUGAUGUCUGGUUUGAAGUCUGUCUUCGUCUUCCUCUUACUGAAAUCUUCAAAUGUAAGUGCGUUUCAAAGGUAUGGUUAUCAAUUCUCUCAGACCCUUAUUUUAUCAACAAAUGGUAUAAACUCAAUUCUUCGUUAUGGACAUUGAUUCUUGGUUUAGCAAAACAAAACCCUACAGCCCCACUUAACUCAGAGUUACCCUUAUUUCAUCCUGAGUUGAAUUCACAGUUUAUAUCUCAUCAUCAAAGUGUUAGCGGGUUCUCUCUUAGAUUCUUAAAUCAAAAACAUGAGUUAUCGAACACUAAAUUAUACGUUGUAGGGUCUAGUAAUGGUUUGGUUCUCUGCACAAAUGCUUUUUACAGGCAGAACAAUUAUUAUGUUUGCAAUCCACUCUCUAAGAAAUGGGUUUCACUCCCACCACCACCAACAGAAGCAACCAUUGUUCACACUGGUUUCACAUGUGAAUCAUCACUAAUUUCUACGAGUUUUAAGGUUAUUCGUGUUGAUGAGGGAGCAACACUCAAAAUUGAUAUAUUUUCUUCUGAUUUGGGUAAAUGGAAUGUCUACAAUGUUUUACAUCCUGGUGGUGCUCUUCAUGGAUGCUCCGUUUAUGACCAUUAUGUUACCCAUAAUGGCGUUUUUUACUGGAUGAAAAAGGGAUUUAACCAAAUUCUAGCUUUCAGUGUUAAUAGAAACCACAACCAUCAAACUUGUGGCAAUGAAUGUAGAUUGAUUAGUUUGCCUGACCAAGAGAUGGACAAUGACCGCAGGUAUUUUCGUCAAUCUACCGAGAGAAAUAAAAGGUUUUUUGGUCAAUGUCUUGGGGAAUCAGAAGGAUUGAUUUGUUACGCUAUUGUAAAACAUAAGGAGAGGAGUUUGAGUGUUUGGGUACUUGAAGAAAACUGGUCUUUGUUGCACAAGGAUAUCAAAUUUUAUGACAUUUUAGCAGAAAUAGCAUCUUCGUUGAUUGGAGUAGAAAGUACAGUUGAUUUGAUUACAGAUAUUCAGGUUAUAGGUUUCAAUCCGGUUGACAAAAAUGUGGUUAUAAUUAGCUACAAGACGCACAUUUUGGCUUACAACAUCAGAAACGGGGGAUAUGAACAACUCUCACAUCCUUCUAUCUUGGAUAGCAAUCUUCCAGGUUCUUAUGUGGGAAUCUUAACAUUUGCUUUAAAGCCAAGGCCGACGAUACUUCCAGCAGUCUCUUGGUGA